GCCAGGGAAGCCUUGAAGCUCGAUCCUGGAGUGACUGCCUGGUUCUUCUGGGAUUCUGAGUCCUGUAAUUAGUGCUUGUUUCUGGUGUUUUCAGACUAAAGGGCUGAAGGAUGAGUGGUCAGGACCCCCCCACACUCCUGCAGCUGGCAGUGCAGAGGCUGCUGAGGGAGGAGGCCCUGGCCAUCUCUGCUCUGCAACACCUGCCUACGGUGCUGUUCCCACCACUGUUCAAGGAAGCCUUCAACCACAGACAGACUAACAUCCUGAGGGCGAUGGUAGCAACGUGGCCCUUCCCCUUCCUCCCUGUGGGGACCCUGAUGAAGACUCCCCACCUGGAGACCUUGCAGGCUGUGCUAGAUGGAGUAGACAUGCUGUGGACACAGAAGGUUCUCCCCAGGAGGCGGAAGCUUCAAGUGCUUGACCUGAGGAAUGUGCACCACGACUUCUGGGAUGUUUGGGCUGGAACAGAGGGUGAAGACUGCUCAGCAGAGGCUUUGUGUGAAAAGCAAACCACAAAGCGCCGUCCUAGAUACGCACUGAGGCAGCGUUUGAAGGUGGUCACAGACCUUUGCCUCAGGUUCCAUCUGAAUGAACACCAGACGUACUUGUUACAGUGGGCCCAGCAGAGAAGAAGUUUCAUAAGGCUGUGCUGUGUGAAGAUGCGGAUUUGGGCAUUGCCUGUCUACACCGUCAGGAAAGUCUUGAUGGUGUUCCAGCCUGACAGCAUCCAGGAGUUGGAACUGAAUACAGGCUGGAGUCUGUCUACUCUGGUGCAUUUUGUAUCUUACCUGGACCAGAUGAGGAAUCUUCAAAAACUCCUUUUAACCCGGAUUCACAAGAACACCUUCAAGGUUCUAAAUACCCCCACAGACAUACAAAAGUGUAUCACCAAGUUCGUGUCUCAGUUUUCCAAGCUCAACUGUCUCCAACAUCUCUCCAUGAAUGGCGUCUACUUUUCCAGUGAGCACAUGAAACAGUUGUUCAGGUACCUGAAGACCCCUUUGGAGACCCUGUCCAUCACUAUGUGCAAGCUCUCACAGUUAGAUUUGAAUUCCUUGUCCCAGAGUCAGAGUCUCCAUCAGCUCAAACACCUGAAUCUGAGACUUGUAAAGUUAAUUGAUUUAUAUCCUGUGCCUUUCCAUGAUCUCCUAAAGAGUGUUGCAGACACUCUGCAGACCCUAGAGUUGGAGGGCUGCUGGUUGGUGGACUCUCAGCUCAUCACCCUCCUGCCUGCCCUGAGCCAGUGCUCUCAACUCACCAGGGUCAAUUUUUGUGACAAUGACAUCUCCAUGGCUGUCCUGAAGGACCUUCUGUAUCACACAGGCAACCUCCGCCAGUUGACCCAGGAGCUGUACCCCGCCCCUCUGGAGUGCUAUGAUGACAGGGGUGACGUCCGCGUGGGAAGAUUUGUCCAACUUUGUCCUGAGCUCAUGGAUACACUCGCUACUGUAAGGCAGCCCAGGAGAGUCUCCUUUGCUACAUAUGUCUGCCACGAAUGUUGUCAGCGCUGUGUCUAUGACCGGGAGACCAAACUUUGUCGUUGUUGGCAGUAAAUGGGGGAAGGUUGCUUUUGGAUACUGAGAAAUGAAAGCCUAGCACAAUAGGUAUUUCAUCAAGGGGAGCCAGAGCUUAUAGCCACACUCUCACUGCUUAGUGUUUGGGAAACAGUGGUAUGCAAUAGGGACAGACCACAGGGACCGAGGUUGACAUGGAGAACAGUGGGGCUUGAGGACAAGUGUUUAUGGAGUCAAAAAGAUAAUUCUUCAUUUCUUUUUUCUUUAAGAUUUAUUCUGUGUAUGAGUGGUUUAUCUUCAUAUAUGUGUGCUUGGUGCUUGUGGAGGACAGAUGAAGGAUUGGAUCCCCCAGAACUGGAGUAACUGUGAACCACCAUGUGGGGGCUGGGAAUCUAACAUGGGUCCUCUGCAAGAGCAAGUGCUCUUAGCUGCUGAGCCAGCCAUCACUCUAGCCCCAAUUCUGUGUUUUCUAAACGAGUUCUGGCAGGACAUGAUAAUGAGCGACUUUCUCCUAUAUGAUAGUUGUGAGGUAAGGGUCAGAAACCUGGAUAUUCUCCUGGUGGCCUUCCCUGCCAUUAACCUGGUUUCAGUUUGUCACUGUUUCCCUUGGACUGUUGAGCUGGAAAGACCCUGUGUUGGCAGCAGAUGUAAAAAGAUAGGGAAGAUGACACUUUGGCAGAGACAUCCAGCCAGCUUCGUGGAUGAACAGCUCCUUUAUCUUUGGUCUUCUUACUGUGAGCCAGCCAUUGUCAGACUGCCUAGACCACAGCCUGUUAGCCAGCUGGCUAAACUUCAUAUAGUUCCAAUAUAUAUGGUUCUAUCAGUUCUGUUCCUUUCUGUUUCCUGUAGAAAAUCCUGACUAAAACAUCAAAGUGAACUGAAGGUAAUUAGACAUUGUUUUCUUUUCUUUCCCUCUGCCUGCGUGUCUGUUGUGUCCCACUGUGUGUCUGCUCAGCGCUUUGUGUGUACAAAAUUUCAACCUAAAAUGAGCAGUGCAGUCUCCUGUGAGGGCUUUGGACAAUGGUCGAAGCAUUCUAGCUGGCAUAUUUAGACUAGGAGGCACUGUGGACAUAUCAAAGACGGUUGAAGCAAAAUCAAAGAUAGAAGCCACACUGCUCACUCCCUCCCCAUUUAUCAUCUCUUUCUUUCAUAGUCACCUAUUGCCCAGGCUGGCUUUGAAAUUCCCCUGCCUCAACCUCCUAAAUGCUAAGAUUACUGAAGUAUGCCACUGUGGCCAGCUUUUAAAUCACAUGUCUGUGGGGCCUAUUCUUUAGGACUUCCAGCCCUCUGGGUGUCCCUGAACAUAAAGGUCUCCAGCAGGUGGACAGUCCAGAAGUAAACUUUUAUUUUGUUAAUGAGUACUGUGAAUGUCCAGGAGUAAACUUUUAUUUUGUUAAUGAGUACCUAAGCCUACCAUUGCGCUCCCCUGUGUUGUAUAUCGUGGUAGUAAUAAAGAAGUUUGUUUCAUGCC